GGAAGCAGGCCUCGUUCUCUUUGAGUACAGCCAGAGGGGUGUACGCACUGAUUGUUCCUGGCUCACCGCUGUUCGCUCGGCAAGUCUCACGAAUAAGUCGGCCAGGAAGGUGAUCAGUCAUGGCAUUUAAAGACGCAGGAAAAGCACCUGUUGACUCAGAGGUUGCCAUCCAUCGCAUCCGUAUUACACUCACCAGCCGCAAUGUGAAAUCUCUGGAAAAGGUCUGCGCUGAUCUGAUCCGUGGAGCAAAGGAGAAGAACUUGAAGGUGAAGGGACCUGUGCGCAUGCCCACCAAGACUCUGCGCAUUACUACAAGAAAAACCCCUUGUGGUGAGGGUUCCAAGACAUGGGAUAGAUUCCAGAUGAGGAUCCACAAGCGUCUGAUUGAUCUACACAGUCCCUCUGAGAUUGUGAAGCAGAUUACUUCCAUCAGUAUCGAACCUGGUGUAGAAGUUGAAGUGACCAUUGCUGAUGCAUAAAUACCACCUUUUGAAUAAAAGUGACCAUCGUA